AUGGCGAUCGAGAACUCACGUAUCUCGGAUUUGGACCAGACGCUAAGCGAAUUAUUCCCUCGAAAACGCCGCCGCAUCGGUUCUACUUCUCCGAUCAGCAAGCUCGGCGACGAUCUUCUCCAAGAGAUUCUGAUACGCCUCCCAAGCCCUAGAGUCGCCUGCCUGUGCAAACUCGUCUGCAAGCCGUGGAACUCCCUGAUCUCCAGCCCUCGCUUCAACCGCCUUUUCCUUUCUCACCACAAAAGCAUGAGCCUCAACCACGGUCCUAUGCCGGACGAUCCAUACGAGCUUCUAUCGAUCAUCGGCAGCUUCCUCCCUCCCAUGCCCACAACAGUUCGAAACAGGCUCCGAGUUUUGGAUUGCAACAAGGACUUGGUUUUAUGCGGGUUUCGAGAUCUAGCUCGUCGUAUGAGUGACGAGACUAGCAGGUCGUACUUGGUCUGCAAUCCGUUUUCGAAGCAGUGGAUCGCCCUUCCUUUAGCGCCGAGGAGGUACGCGCAUUACGACUCGCCGGCUGCAAGGUUGGUUUGCGAACCCCGUAUCGAACUUGAUCUCGGAGACGACGAUCGAUCUUUUGUUUAUUCGGAGCAUCGCUUUCGGGUGGUGUGUGUAUAUCAUCAAGCCCAUCAAGUGAUCAAGCUGGACGUGUUUUGUUCGGAGUCUGGAGAAUGGACCAAGGAUGCUCUCGCCUUCGAAAACUGGGACAGAAUCGGACCGAGAAGUGUGGUUUCGUGCAACGGGGAGUUGUUUUUCAAGUACUGUGCAGCAAGUCACGAUGCCAACUACAUCCCUAAUUUGGUGGCUGUGUUUAAUCCUUUCCGCCUCGACACGCCUGUCGCUUUCAUCGACGUUUCUUCUCCGUUCCCCGCGGAGUCCCCGUGGUUUAUUUCCAACUCGCAAGGCGCGUUGCACUUGAUUGCACUCGCGGGAAGCGAAACCCUACCCACUCGCGCGAGCGUGUGGAGGCUGGGAGAAGACCGUAAAUCUUGGAGGAAACAGUGCGAGGGGUUGGUGAACAGGACAUCAAUGUAUUGUAGACAUGAAGAUGAGGGAUGUUUUGAACCUUUUCUGCAUCCACACAAGCCGGAACGUGUGUUCUUCAGUCGGGUUGCUGAUGAGUAUGAGAUUUCUUAUUUGAGAAACAAGCACGGCCCGCGGAAUGCUUUGAUGUGCUGCGAUUUGGGAAGGGAAGAAGAAGAAGAAGAAGAAGCAGCAGCGCCGGCGUUGUUUGCUAGACUAAAACGGAAGUCUGAUAUCCAUCACCUUCAGGUGUUCGUGCCUAGGGUUUCUUGUUGGCCUACUCCGAUUCCGCAGUUGCAAGGCGGUGGAAGUAGUAGUGAAGCAGCUGCAGAAUGUCCAUCCCUCCACAUCCUAAGAAAUUGGUGA